AUGACUCUCAUGAAACCAACUUCCGGCUCCAGCACGGACGACACUAAAGGACAGAACUCGAACCCUUCUUCGUCUUCAUCUUCAUCAUCAUCAUCAUCGAUCAUCGACCCAGUCUACUCGCAACGCACAAGUGCCGAGACAGUUCCCGGCAGCUACAAACCAAACACACCAAUCCAGAAUACACAGCGAGCUGGAAAUGGUACCGAUGAGAGUUGGAGUCCUUAUUCCAAUGUCCCCAGCAUUGACGACCCCGUUUCUUCGCAGGCCGCAGCAACGGAUGAGAAGGAAGGGCAAGGGUCCAGGCUCCAAACACUAAAACAGUCACCUGAUUCCACAUCUGACCCGACUGAGACUACUGUGAUUGAUCCAGUCUACGGCCAAUCUAUGUCCAAAGACAAUACGCCGGACCAGACAACUGCUGCCAGAGGAAAGGGUGUUGGUGUUGGGACAAUCAGUCCUGCUGACGACCCUGUUUAUUCCCGGCAGCAGGUGGAGGGAAAAAGAAACACCAACACCAACACGACCAGCACAAUAAUCGACCCAGCCUACGGCCAACCUCGAACCUCUGACAUCGUACCGGCUGCAAGAACUCCACCGGCCGCAAAAUCCGGUACGGGAAGUAUCUCGCCUGUUGAUGAUCCGGUAUAUUCACAACCUGCACAAGAACCAUCCUCCCGCGGCAUUGGCAGUGGCAGUGGCAGUGGCAUAGGCAGUCGACUCAGCCAACUCGCGUCUCAAAUCCUACCACGGUCACUGACACUGCUCCCAGUAUCCGCGCAGAACCAGAACCGCAGCAGAGCACCAACAGACCGGGAUCCAGACACAGAUACAGCUGGGACGGUAGGGCAGCCCAAGGACAAAAAGGGCUAA